UUCUUUCUCAAUAUGCCGUCUGAUGCAAAAAAGCAACGCGAUAAAGCCAAAAAAGACAAGGAGAAAGCUGCCUCAAAACAACGUGGAGGAAAAAAGGGUGGAACAAAUUCAGAACAAAAUGCAGUUGAAGACGGAUUGAAUGACAACAAAAUUGAAGAAAAUGGAAUUUCUCAAGCAGAAAUGGAUGCCGUUACGGACGUUUUACAUCGUGUUGAAUUAGAAAAUGCUAAAGCUCGUGCAGUUGCUGGCGUUCUAACUUCACAAGAAAGAAGCAUAAAUUUAAAAAUUGAUCAACUGACAAUUACUUUUCAUGGACGGGAAAUUGUGACGGAUACAACGCUUGAAAUAAAUAUGGGACGAAGAUAUGGGUUGAUUGGACUUAAUGGAAGUGGCAAAUCUUCAUUAAUGCAAGCAAUUUUCUUACGCGAAAUGCCUAUCCCCGAUCAUAUCGACAUGUUUCUUGUUAGUCGAGAAAUGGCGGCAGUGGAUUUGCCUGCACUCCAAGCUGUUAUUAAUGUUGAUAAAGAACGUAUUGCGUUAGAAAAACAAGCGGAAGAAUUGGCUGCUUAUGCUGAUGAAGAAUCCCAAACAAAAUUGUUGGAUAUUUAUGAAAGAUUGGAUGAAAUGGAUGCAGACAAAGCCGAAGUUAAAGCUGCUGAAAUUCUUCAUGGACUUGGGUUUACCCGUCAGAUGAUGCAAAAACGUUGCAAAGAUUUUUCUGGUGGAUGGAGAAUGAGAAUUGCAUUGGCACGCGCUUUAUAUUUAAAACCUUCAUUGCUUUUACUGGAUGAACCUACUAAUCAUUUGGAUUUGGAUGCUUGUGUAUGGUUAGAAUCUGAACUUUCAAAGUAUAAACGUUCUUUGUUGAUUAUAUCCCACUCACAAGAUUUUAUGAAUAAUGUUUGUACAAAUGUGAUUCAUUUGUUUCAGAAGAAGUUGAUUUAUUACACGGGUAAUUAUGAUACUUUCAUCAAAACUCGUUUGGAACUACUCGAAAAUCAGGCAAAACGAUAUAAAUGGGAACAAGAACAAAUUAAACAUAUGAAGGUUGUUUUAUUUUAA